UUUGAUGCUGCCAAUGGCAAGUAAAGCUAGCGAUAUGACGUUUACAUCGUCAGACGAGCCCAAAUCGGGGGUGGAUCCACGUGAUGACCCUUUGGGGGAGGCCAGUUUUAUCCCGAGGUAUUUAGUCUGUGUGAACCCACUGUGCAGGAGGAAGUGGAAACAGCUGACGCCUAAGAGCAUCCCUAUGUUCUGUCCCAGCUGUAAGAAAGCGUCUGAGCUGGCUCUACGAGAGACCUGGGAGGGCGUCACGGACGAUACUCUUUAUUUUAACGUACUCAAAUACUGGCAUUCCAUUUACGUGGACAUCCAGUCUACCUUGGGAUUCCCCAAGUGCAGUGAUCUUACCCUACCACAAGAUCCCAAGGAGGUCACCAUAUACAACGUGAUGGACUACUACUAUAAGGCUUUCCCAGAGCCCCCUCACCCCGAAGAUGUGCGGAAUUGGAGCUCUAUGGGUCAGCGGAAGAAGCAGAUGACCGGAACCAUCAUAAGGCAGUGUGGCACCCUCCUGUGGGAACUCACUGUAUUAGAGGAUCUACAGCAGCAUCCCCAUGGCGGGUCCAUACGUCAGCAGGACAUGGUCGGGCACCGCUUUUAUCUCAUCGAUUGGAGAGGGGCCCUCAAGAUAGGCGACCACAUCCAGUUCGUCGCCUUCCCAAAUCCAUCAGUGGAUGAGCGCAACAAACUUCCUCAUGUGCUGAAAGUCCUUGACGAUCGCGUCAAUCCUCCUCAUCGUCAGGCUGAGCAGCCUCAGGAUACGACGAGAGGCUUCCGAACUGAACAACAGAGACGCCCAGUCGGGCGCACCAUGGCCACGAAUAAGAGCUAUGACCAAGUAGCUGACUCCUACUACAGACCCUCUGGCGCGACUCAUUGGGAGCAGCGUCAAUCAGACUCGUCCUCGAGGAGGUUCCCUCAGUACGACGGUAAUGAUAACCGUCGAUCCUAUGGAGGGCCCUCUAACGAUUUCUGGACAGCUGAAGGGCCCCCCUAUCCUCCCAAUCGGAACUCCACAAAUGGGGCCCGAGGUACCAGCGUGAGAUCCUCACUUGAUGGACAGCGUCAAACGGCAGUGACUUCAAACAGCUCCUCAGCCGACCUCCCCGUGGAUCAGAAGAGCUUCUCGCCAGCAGUGGGGUCUCCGGUUGAUGCUACCGUUGCCCCUCCACCAGGCUUCGAAGGCCUAGCAGAUGAUACACACCUAGCAUUGGGCCAACUGGCACAGUUACUCUCCGCUGCAGUGAAUAAGGAGGUUCCCCCAACCCCUCAGGCCCCGACUCUUGAGCCCAAGGUGCCCGAGUCUGCCCACCCUAGCCCAAGCCCUGCGAUGCCCCCCGCGAGGAGGCCCGACUGGAUACCGGAUACUCCUGCGAGCCCACUGUAUCUCCAUCGAGACAUGAACUUCGGCCAGACCCCGAACCCUCUUGUACAGUUUCUGCAGAUGCAAGCUGCAGCGGGAGCAGCUGGUCAGGUCCCUUCAGCGCCCCCUUCGCGGUCCUAUGGGGCGGCGGUGGCCCCGCCUCCGAUGACGUCACCGUUCAUGCCAAUGGGUGGGCCUCUACCGGUCUCAGCGGCAGCAGUAGGUCUGGAGGGCGACUUGGCCGGCUUGGCCGCAUGGGGCGCAUCGUGGCCGUCUUCUGGGCCCUCUGGCAUGAUAAAACGGCAGAGUACGAGUCAGCCUCCUACCCCUAUCCAGGAGGAGACGGUUAAUGACGAGGGUGAAGUAUGUGCACCCCCUAGGGCCAACCAACCCCAUCGCCAGUGAGGAGGCCAGGGUUUGAAAGGUUUGCCAGGAGGUCAUUUUUGCUUAUAACUAGGUCCCAUAUGAAUAUUCUCUUUGGGCUCAAUAUUCGCCUCCUGUCAUCGGCCUCUAAGUUGAGAAGCCUAUCGUAUGGGCAUUGCCCUGCUGCUGCUGCUGCUGCUGCUGCUCCUGCUCGGCAACAAGAUUAUAUCGUUGAACCCUCCCCUCCCCACUAUUCAGGCCUCUGGUCCUUAGUUACUGCUAUCCUUCAUCGAUACCUUUCCCCCAGGCUUGCCGCUAUGACCUAUCCCGCUUCAGCUCCCUCUCUUCCUCCUCUGCUACUACUACGUCGUCACUGCUGGAUCCCGCUGCUACUGCCGAGGUGGUGCCGAAGGUGGGCGGCGAUGCUCUGUUAUCAACCUGCUGCCCUUUGGGACGAGGAUGU